CUGGUACCAGUCGGUCCAGUGUAAAUAAUUUUGAAGAUGGGUAUGGAUUAUAAGGAAUGUUUGACCAAUGGAUUGGUGGCUGCCUUAGAUUGUGGCAGACAUGCAGAUAUAGCAAUUGAAAUUGAAGAUAAAACUUUCCACUGUCACAAAAUCGUACUUGAAGCAAUGUCACCAUAUUUCAGAUUAAUGUUCUCAGAUGGAGCACCCAACAUGUCCCAUGGCUGUUUAAAAAUCAUUGAGUUGACCAAGAAAGGCUUUGAAGGUGCUUUGUCCUACAUAUAUUCGGGCAAGUCAGAUCUGAACCAGACGGACAUUUAUGAGAUUCUGCAAGCCAGUUUCUUUCUGCAGAUCGAAGGACUGCGAGAACUCUGUGAGGAGAUGCUUGUGAAGACUGUGCUGAGCACAGACACGUGCAUCCAUCUGUGGCAGGUGGCAGAAUCGUGCGAUUGCCAACAGUUGCUUAUGGCCGCAAAGAAGAUGGCCCUCGAGUCAUUUGAUGAAGUUGCAAAUAAGACCAAAGUGUCAGAGUUCAGUGCUGAGCAACUUGUGGAGCUGUUUGAUGAUGACAAUCUCAAAGUCGCCAGUGAGGUCACAGUUCUUACUGUUGCCGUCCAGUGGGCGCAAGAGUUUGAGGUAAAUUUCUCGGACUGUUGCAAUGUCUUUUCUGCUGUGCAUCUAGAUGUGAUAUGCGAUGAAGAGUGGAAAACGACCAUGGAAACUCAUGGCAAAAGUAUCAGCGAGGCUUUACGUGUCUAUCUCGAGUCCUUAUGGGCCCAAAGCAAGAUGAAGUCACCCGUGGAAAGAGAUGGAAGCAUUCGCUAUUUUGACAGAAAGGAAAAAGUCCUGGUGUUUAUUAGCGAUAUUGGUUCAACUUUCUGCUACGUGUUGACCACUUCUUACAAUCCUCAUGCAGAGUCUAUACGUUUUUCUCCAAUAACUCCAUGGUAUGAAGACAUCUGCUGCGCAAAGUGUUGUGUCCAUCACGGGGAACUGUAUGUUGAGUGUAUAAUAGACGGGAUAGCAACGUUCACGAAGAUGUGUUCUCAGACAGGGCAAUGGGUGCAGUGUACCGCUAGGGAAAGUGAUGACGUAUUGUCAUCUACUGUCCUCUUGUCUUGUAACAACUGUAUCUAUGCUGUGCAGGGCAGUAAACCGGUUUAUACAAACAAUGCACUAUUAAAGGGUGCCAAGAUACAGAAAUAUACUUCUGAAGAAAACUCUUGGACAACCGUGUGCACACUACCAGACUCAGUCGAGGAUCCUCUCGCUGUUGCAGCAUCUUGUUUCCUUUGCAUCUACAGCCGAAGUGACCACCACACCACCGUCUACACUUACAGUUACAAAUCCAACGUCCUCAAAGAAGUAGGUGAGCUUCCAGAGUAUGUCCCGAAACCGGACUUUGCGAUCGCGAGUGGCAGAAGUCGGUUCUUGUUCUGCCAGCGGGAGGUCACUCGAGUGAGGAACGUCUUGGACGAGCCUUACACUCUGGACUUGUUUGACGAGCUGGGCAGGUACACGCGGAAGAACUUCAGGUUCAACGGCGUCGCGGAGAGUGGCAAGACGAUCUACUGCAUCUCCAGCGAGGACGACGAGCACUACGUCCUGUGGGAGUUCAACCCGGACAAACUCUGUCUCCGAAAACCGCGGGCCAUUUACUCGGUGCACAAGUGGAGCUUGGGUGGAGUGGUGGAAAUUAAACGCAGAUUUUUGACGUGACCACUGGCGUGCGUGUGUGUCUUUCCUUUUUCUUUGUUUGUAUUUGUUUUGUCUGUUUUGGUGGAGGAAGGGUUUUUUAAAGGAUCAUAGAAGCUAGAGGUGGGAUGGAGUGACAGCAACAUACUGAUAUACCUUUUCAACUGACAGAAUUCAUAGUCUUUAGAGUUAGUGAGCCACUGCACCCUGGUGCCUUUGAAGGGUGAGCACUUAAUAUUUUGACUGAUAAUAUCAUGACAUGGACGGGGAUAGUUUUGUUUCAUACUUAUAUAUGCACGACUUAUUUUAUUUAUUUAUUCUUCAUGCAUGCAUAGUGGGAUUGAUGCAGUACACCGACAUGGCAUACAUAAUAAUUAUGUAUCUGUCUUCCCUUCCAUGUGAUCACGUAUGUAAACAGCUUCCACCUGUCAGUGGAGAGAGAGAGAGAGAGAGAGAGAGAGUGAGUGAGUGAGUGAGUGAGUGAGUGAGUGAGUGAGUGAGUGAGUGAGUGUAUGCAUGUGUUUGGAGAGUGGGCGAGUGUGUGUAGACAACAGUGUUAUGUUAUUUUUGUUUGUUCUGUACCGGUGGCUUAUUGAAGGUAACCGACUACGAGUGUCCAUUUUCCCAGUUUUAUUGCACCUGCAUUGUCCGUGAAUAUUUUUUUUUGACUUGUUUAUGCCAUACCGUACAUGUUAUACCAAAUUAAAAUGUUUUUGCACGCAAACAUUUAUUGUAAUUAAGUAAUGGAAUUAGCUGACUUAAUUGUGGGUGGUAAUAAAAACAAAAUAAAUGCACAGAAAUAAAAAUGCCUUGUUUAUA